CAUGAUAGGGCAGGUCUUGCUGUCCUUCACGACGGCGAUGCGAUAGCAGCGGUCGCAUAGAUUUGAGCAUCGCUCUAGUGGCGCACAAUGGCGCCUAGAUCCGGAACUGCCGACAUUCUCUCUUCACCCUCGUUCAGCGACACCGAAGCCGCAUCGCAGCAGCUCCUCGCCGAAGCCAGUAGUCCUGUUCGGCGCCAAUAUGCUGCAGUCAUCGGCGCCAACCUUCUCAAUGCAGCGCGCAUGCUUCCCAAGCCACCAGCUCCGGCGCUGACUCAAGCAGGAAGAGCAGGAAAGCUGCUCAAGCCGGGCAAGCUGAGGCCAGGGUCUCUGAAGCGUGUCAGUCUUCCUGAAGAGCGUCCAAGAAAAGUCCGAGGCACGGGAGUGUACGACCUGAACCCUAGCCCGCAGAAGAGGAGCUCUCUGCCUGCGCAGGUUGUAGCUUCUGAAGAUGAAGCACACGCACAGAACUCCGUGAGCGCUGGUGAUAUUGUAGAUGUGGUACCAGAGACGAGUCAGGUGCGGUCAGAAGAUGAUGUUCCCGCCGAAGUUCCUGAAAGCGACGAUGUACCAGCCGCAAACGAGGAGCCCGUAGAAGACGAUCAUGUCGAGAUCGUGCCCGUGUCAUUAGUGCCGCCUGUACACGAAGAGGCAUCGUCAGCCAUCCACAAGUGGCGAGGACGACCACCGAAGCGCAAGAGCGGCGGAAGUACAGUAUCUGCCCGACUAUCUGACGCUGGUACUGUCGAAGUGCAAGAGGAGGAUGAGCCGUCUGCUAUCUCCACGAAGGCUAAGCGAAAGGUUCGCUAUGAAGAUGUGCCUAAUACUGCAACAAGCGUUGAGCCCAGCGACAAGGCUCCAGUCGCCAAGAGGCGCAGAAGGUUGAACGGUCCGAGGUUCGUCAGCCCAGACGCUGCUGAAUUCGACGAAGUCUUGAUCGCGCCAAAAUCUACGACACAACAGGAUGCACGACCACGCGGCGACCCACAGCCUGAGGUCAGGGUGUUCAUCAGACCCACGGGAUUGCGCACAGCCCAAGCUGAGCUGGAAGAGGCGAAAGACAACUCAGCAACUGCCAUACCUGCCACUGCGUCUGGCCAGCGACGGAAGGUGAGUGCACAGCCUGUACGAGCAACGACCAGAAAAAUUCAAGCUAUCAAUCACGUACUCGCACAAGUCGACGAUGCAGAUGGUGAAAAUGUUGCAGAAGCCCCUCAGCCUUCGGCUCAUGCAACAGGCGAUGGAGGAAAAUGUAAGGAUGAUCGCGAAGACAAACCCAGGAAUGCGGGCACUAGAAGCAAUGAGGACCAUGGCCAGGACCAUGGCCAGGACAAUGGGCAAGACAACGAUGAUGGACCAGACGGUGAGCAUAACGACGAGCAGAACGACGAGCAAGAUGAAGGUGCUCGGGAGCAUGAUGAACAGAACGAGGAGGCCAACAAUGAAUGCGCAAACUUGGCAGGCUCACAAACGACGAACGAUCAGUUCAACCGGCUCCACGCUCUGGACAAAGUGUUCCAGUUCGCAGACUCCGAAGAACGCUCUGGAGUUUGUUCGACCAAGCUGGGCAGAAAUAUACAUCGCAGAUGCGACAGGUCGCGGGUCACGCUCAGCCAGUCUGGUGAAGAUUGCUCUUUAGAUGACAUAACCAGGUGUAAAGACGAUCUUACCGAUCUGCUUACAGUCAUUGGCUCUUGGGUCCAACAGGAGAGGCGAGUCGUUUUUAAGCGCGAUGCGUUCGCCUAUCUUUUCCGCGCCUUGACUUUGGUCCUUGAGGCCAUGCACGACAAGCUACAAGAGAAGCAAGGCGAGAUCACCGAGUCACUAGAAGCUAUGCAGAUCGUUUAUCCCUUUAUCUGCGAGGUUCUGAAGUUCAAAGACACAAUGGACGCCUGGAAGGUCACAGUGCCGCAACAAACCCAAGGCGACCGCCUUAUCAAGAGUGUCGAAGGUGGUCUGAUUACUCCCUUGAGAGCCGUUGAGAAGGCGUUCCGAGUAAAAUUUGGUCAUCUCAAGAAGGUCCAGCAAACUCGCCAGGCGCUUCUGGAUCUACAACGACAACGAGAGGAACAAGAGCAGGCACUGAUCCAGAGAGAAGACGCUGUGCGUGCUGGGAGGGAGAGGAGGAAGCGUUGGCAGGAUAUUCACAUCGCACGGAUGCAGUGCGAGCCCGAUCCUGCACGAAGGCGAAGAUUGAGGUUCGUCGAACCUGUUGAACUUGUAGAGACAGACGCCGACGGCCGUCAAUUCGAGCGCGUACCGUUCUUUAUAAAGCGCAGUAUGCCGCCACCACAGUCGACUCCUGCGUCUAGCGGUAAGGAGUGGACGAAGGAGCAGGAAACAAUGCUGCUUGAUGCUCUGCAGUCAUCUGACGCCUUAGAGCGCAUCUUCAAAAAAUAUUGUGGUCCCAACGGUGCAUUGCGCGACUUCUCCGUGUCAGAUUUUGCAGCCAAAAUGACCUGGGUCCGCUCAGGGUGGGCGCAGCUGUCACAGCAGCACGGCUGGGAGGUUCCAGAAUGGGUCCAGAAGAUACCAUUGCUUCCUUAGUUUGCUUGAAGUGUUGGACGUUUUGAUAAGUAUUCUCCUCUCUCUUCGCGAUACCCAAAUGACCUAUUCUUCUUGUCUAUUGCCUUUCCAUCUUGCGGUACUGGUUUGGUCCAUACCUACCUGAGCAGCUUCUGGCGAGACGUUCCAUUUGCGCCCUUACGGCUACG